AUGUUAAUGACAAUCGACUACCGGAUUCGGAGCCGUAAGAUCCAACAACCUGCCAUCUGUGUCAUGAUGGGACAAUUCACCGCCCCCACCGCUGUCGUACACCCAUCUCAUACCGCCGGAGGCCUCGCCCCAAUAGACCUCUCCGCCCUCCAAACCUAG